AUUGCGUCUGCCCAUCCCGCACGAAACGUCAUCCCCAAGCACGCAGAGAGCGCCGAGAUCCGCCCAAACCUAGCGCCGCCGCGGCUCCUCACCCACGCGGCCGCCGCCGUGUUCGCGUCGGCAGAGCACGAGGCGCACGGCCUUCCUCGCAUACUCUCGGUACGCGCUGUCCGCCUCGGCUCAUCCUGGACUAGAUGGCUGGAUAUAUGUCACGAGGACCCCCAAAUGGCUCUAUUUAUGUAUGCAAUCUGCCUCCUGGAACUGAUGAGACCAUGUUGGCUGAAUAUUUUGGCACCAUAGGGUUGCUAAAGAAGGACAAAAGGACUGGCCAUCCAAAGAUUUGGAUAUACAGGGACAAAGUUACAAAUGAACCAAAGGGUGAUGCAACAGUCACAUUUGAAGAUCCCCAUGCUGCUUCAGCUGCUGUGGAAUGGUUCAAUAAUAAGGAUUUCCAUGGAAGCAUCAUCCAGGUUCACAUAGCUGAGUCAAAAAACAAAGAUACAGUUGAUAACUUCACCAAUGUGAGCGUCGAUGCUGAGAUUGUUGGACAAGAUGAAUUGGAUAACGGAUCAGGCAGAGGUAGAGGGCGUGGUGAUGGUCCAGCAAAAGCUUGGCAGCAAGAUGGAGAUUGGAUGUGUCCAAAUACAAGCUGUGGCAAUGUAAACUUUGCCUUCCGUGGUGUUUGUAAUCGUUGUGGAGCCUCUCGCCCUGCUGGUGUUAGUGGAUCUGGUGGUGGUGGUGGUGGUAGGGGUAGAGGUCGUGGUAGUGAUGAUGCAAGAGGCAGUCGUGCUGCUGCUGCUGUUGGUGGUCCCCCUGGGCUGUUUGGUCCUAAUGAUUGGCCAUGUACGAUGUGUGGCAAUGUAAACUGGGCAAAGCGAACCAAAUGUAAUGUCUGUAACACCUCUAGGCCAGGUCACAAUGAAGGUGGUGUGAGAGGUGGCCGGGGUGGCGGCUUUAAGGAACUUGAUGAAGAAGAACUAGAAGAAGUACGGAGGCGCCGGAAAGAAGCUGAGGAGGAUGAUGGAGAAAUGUAUGAUGAAUUUGGUAACCUCAAAAAGAAGUUCCGUGCUAAAUCACAUCAAACUGAGAGUACACCAGCUCUUCCUGGGUCUGGACGUGCUGGAUGGGAAGUCGAGCACCGUGGUUCCACUGAGAGAGAAGGCCGAGAGAGGAGCAGAGAUCGGGGCAGGGACGACUACGAUGAAAGGGAAAGCAGGAACAGAGACAGAGGUUCUCAUGGAAGAGAGCGGCGCCGUAGCCGAAGCAGGAGCAGAGACCGCGAGAAGGAAAGGGGGAGGGACAGGGGUAGAGACCGUGGCAGCGAGAGAAGCUGGGAGCGCGGCACCGAGCGUGAACGUGAUCGCUACAGAUGAUAUGUCAGGAGUUUUCUCGUGUUUGCUCGCCACUUUUCAGUUUUCUGAAUCUUUUCUUAUGCUGUUGGAGAGCUGUGGUGUAUCACAUUGCCAUUAGACAUGCUUAAUUAUUAUUUAUAUUUGGGUUUUGGGUUCCCAA